GUUCUUAAACUUUUAAAAUGCGAUCUAAUGAAACUUAUCUAUCGCCGUUCUUCGUUCUUAAAUUUUUAAAACGCGAUCUCAAAAAGCGUUUCUAUCACCACUUUUCAUUCUUAAACUUUUAAAAUGAAAUCUAACAAAGCUGCUUUUUCAUCGCCGCCGUUCUAAAAAAGCAUUUUGAACGCCGCUUUUUGUUCUUAGGUCGAGCAUCUAAACAUGUGCAAAAUUAACAUUUAGCUUUGUGUAAAAAGAAAUAAAAUUGCAUGCGCGCUUUCGUAAAACACGAGCAUCAGAGAAAACAUAAAUAAACAAUAGAUAUUCAAAUCUUUCUUAAAAUUUAUUUUCUCUCAUUGAUCUCUUGACGACUACAGCAAUUAAAUACAACAAUGGGACACACGCAGUUCACAUGAGCUAAUUAAAUGCCGCGAACAAGACAUGAAUUCUAUUGUUUUCAACAUGCGAAAAUAGCUCAUGUAUUUAACAAUAGGUUAACAAUAACAACGAAAGUUCUGACGCUUCUGAAAGCUCAUGCGAAGGUGAUAGCUAUUGCAUACAUGUAAAGUUACAUUCAUGUGGUACUGUAUCUACAUUUUAUGUAACGUGAAACUGCCGUUAUGAUCCUAUCCUUUUAGUUUUAUAUGUAACUACAUAGUUUGUCAGUAAAAAUGGAGUGACUAUAUUUCAUGUAUUCAACAGUAGAGCUAAUGUUAAAAAAUGCUUCAAACUAUAUUGCGUAACAGGUACAUGUUUGUCACCUGCUUGGCUUUUUUGUGGUGCCUUAUAUUCUUAAUACCAAGAAUUGGAAACAAGUAUCGUAACUAUAAACCAGAUUUUAGCCACGUGAACAUCAAUGCGCCUAAAAAGGAUGUGCAAGUAAUGACAGAAUCGCAUGAAGAUGAAAAGGAAGAUAAGGCUCAAACUUACGUUGAUGAUGAACUUGAAUACCUGCAUGCAGGAGAGUUUCAGCAAGAAAACCUAUGUUUGGAUACUUUAGAUGGUGUGAUCGGCUCACAGCCAGGUUUAUGGCAGUGUCAUGGAGAGGGUAGAAAUCAGUUCUGGUUUAUACUAAAAGACACGUUGACCUUAAAGAAUAAAGAUUUGUGCAUCGCUGGUCCGGAUGAUUUGAAAACACCUGGCAAAGUAACUUUACAAAAUUGCAACAAAGAAGAGACUCAGGCAUGGACAUUUGAGAACAAUAACCUAAAGCUAUCAGGAUCCUCAUUGUGCAUAUCAAAUCGUGAUAGAAAAGUUUUUGCUGAUCAAUGCAAUGAUGACAAAUCGCAAAAAUGGAAUUUAAAAGUACCACCAGGAAUGUAGAAAAGAUUGUGGACUUACGACGUAGAAUAAAUUAUUUAUUUUCACAAAUAAGUUUAGAAAAUGUAAAUAUUAAACUAUUGUAUUUUGAAAUUUCUGAAAGUAGUAAGCUUAUACCAAUAUCAAUGUAUUUUCGGAUUUAUCAUUUAAUGUAUUUUUCGCCAUGUUUUCUAAAACCCUUUCCAUCUUCUCAGAAUUUUGUUCAGUUGGAUGCUUUUAGAGUUAUUUGUUUCCUUGUUUUCUCUUUAGUUUGUGCAAUAGUAUUAAUGUAUUUUUACUCUGCUUUCUUUGUCAUUAUACAAUACUGCAUCAAUUGCCCUGGAUACACUGAUUUUAUUGGAAGUCAUUUUUUGUGUAAUCUCCCAAUUAAAAUGACCAUGUAACUUGCCUUUUUGAAAUACACGUUUUUUAAAAACUAUAUUUUCUUAUUUAGAUGUUCAGACAAAAAUUUUGAUUGCAGUCUUAAUUUUGCUACGGUUGAUUUUCCAAUUUCACAAAGUUUUCGCAUUAACUUACUUCUUUCGCAAUUUAAAAAAAACAAUGUUUUCAUGUUGUUUCGUAGGUUUCUAGUUAGAUUAUCCAAGUUUAGGUCUUGGUUGCUUGAUUUUCUAAAUUUUAAGACUUACUAGUUGUUUAACAAUGGCUUUAGUCUUAAAUCAAAUCUCAUCCCUUACCAAAAACAUGUAUGUUUUUCAAUAGUUCCUUUGUCUUAUAUAUUGCAGAUUCCCGACGUUUUUUUAAGAAUAACUCAUAUCUUUAGGCAAAAACAAAACUGCAUUUUUCAUAUAGAGUUUUUGUUUAUGUUUCUCUUUUUCUGUAUUACUUCCACUUAUUGUUGUUUUUCUGUAUUACUUCCACUUAUUGUUGUUAGUUAUAUUCCACUUAUUGUUGUUGGAGAAUAAUGUUACCUUCAGUAGCAGAAUGAGUUAGAUUUGGUAAUUGUCGAAUACUUCAAAUUUAUUUUCUCAGAGCAAGAAUUUUAUCUCUUAUAGUAGAAACAACAUUUUUAUUUUAUUAAUAUUUUUUGUCAUUUAAGUUUUAAGUCCAAAAAUACUUUGAAAAAAGGGGCAGAAUCAGCUCCCACCUCCCCCUGCUUCUAUACCCCAAUGUGACUAAGGGUUAAUCAUUAAACUUAAGCUAGUCUACUGGAUAUUAAAAACCUUAAAGAAAAUCGCAAGAAUUCAGCAUAUCUAUAAUAAUUUAUAAGGAAAAUCACUAAUGAUACAAAUUUUAUGUAGUUUUUACAGUUUCACGGCUUUAGCACGUUUUUGGAAGGAUGAUUUUAUAUAAAAAUGUAAUUAUAUUGUAUAUUGCUGAUUUAAUAAAUUAUAAGAAUAGUUUUUAAAAAAGAAUUAUUUUUAUUAUUAUUUU